CUAAAGUAGGUAUAACAUCUAUCACCAUAGUUACAACAGAUAAACAAGAUGACCAAAAAAUCAAUAACACUAGACGUAGAUCCAACUAUCAUGGAGAAAAACAUGCGUAUUGUGAAGGAUAAUCCAAUGGAAGAAGAAUUAAAGAAAAUAUUUGCGGAUACCGACACCUUACCAUACAAAAUAGUUAAACCAACACCAGGUUUUUGUGUGAAAACAUUCACUAAACCGGACAACAAGAAACUAUUUGUCAAUGUGUGUUUAACUGAUGCCAUACCAUGUCCCCGUGACAUCACAAACGAAGAGCUGAUGCAGAUCUUAAGUUCUGAAGACCCUUCCAGCUACAGAGUGCCAAUGAGCAUUGGAGAAGGCAGAAUGGAACCAGACAAGUCUGGCAUUCCAGCCACAGUUUAUGAUGUAGCCAUAAACCCUGAUUUCUUCACAAAAAUAGAGAAAGAUGAUCUCUUCCAGACAUUUUUCUUGACAGUUGUGUUUGAAGGCUUGCAAGAUAAAUACCAGUUCGAAGCAGACAUGUCAAAGUAUACUGUACUGAAACACAGGAAGUCCAUAGGAACUCUGCAAUCUCAUAGGAUUCAAAUACGGGAUGUGAAGCAGUGUGAGGAGAAAGUAAAGCCGCUGAUUGAGGAAAUUAAGAAACCCGUGCCAAAAGCAGAGACCCCUGCUAAGAAGGAAAUAGUUUACAGGUUGAGGAGGGAACCACCAACAGGAGAGAUUGAGUAUUUGCUGGCUGAAUUUAAGAUUCCGGAAUCGGUAAACAUACAAGACCUCAACUUAGAAGUUGGCGAAGACAGAAUUGUAUUGGAUUCAAAAGGUCUUUAUGAGCCUGUGGAUUUCUUCCUGCCAUGCAGUGUAGAUCAGGAUGUCAUUGAUGCUCAGUUGAAUAGGAAUUAUGAUAUGUUAUCUGUUAAAAUGCCAGUCAUCCACUAAUUGACUGAAUAAGUGUGAAAUGUUUGGGCUAUUAUGUAUGGGAAAAUAAAACGAAUAUACAAUA